CCAUCCAUCGAUCCACAAGCUAACGUUCACGGUAUUGUUAUUUAGUUGCUGCUGAGCCGUUGAACACUUGCACGCUAGCUGCACAUCCCCUGUUCAGAAGAAACAUAGCUCUAGAGUCUCUUUUCAGAUUUUAGUUUUGUCUGUCUUCGUUCAAGGAGAACCCUAUCUCAGAUCGAAGUUGAAGCUAGGGGCUAAAAGGGAGCAGGAGAUCCAUGGAGGAUGUUGCCAAGUUCUUGUUUGGGAUUGCGGGCAACGUGAUAGCUCUCUUUCUCUUCCUAUCCCCGAUUCCUACUUUCUGGAGGAUCAUUCGGAAGAGAUCAACGGAGGAAUUCUCCGGGGUGCCAUACAACAUGACGCUCCUCAACUGCCUCCUCUCUGCCUGGUACGGGCUGCCAUUCGUGUCCCCAAACAACAUCCUGGUGUCAACGAUCAACGGCGUGGGUGCGGCGAUCGAGACGGUGUACGUGGUGAUCUUCCUGUGCUUCGCGUCGAGCAAGAAGACUCGGCUCCGGACGUUGGGCCUGGCAUCGGCGGUGGCGGGGGUGUUCGCGGCCGUGGCACUUGUGUCCAUGCUCGCCCUCCAUGGGCAGGCCCGCAAGCUCCUCUGUGGCAUCGCCAUGACCGUCUUCUCCAUCUGCAUGUAUGGCGCGCCCCUCUCCAUCAUGAGGCUGGUGAUCAAGACGAAGAGCGUGGAGUACAUGCCCUUCCUGCUCUCACUGGCGGUGUUCCUGUGCGGCACGUCGUGGUUUGUCUACGGCUUGCUCGGCCGCGACCCCUUCGUCGCGAUCCCCAACGGGUGCGGGAGCUUCCUGGGCGCCAUGCAGCUCAUCCUGUACGCUGUCUAUCGGAACAACAAGGGCGGCCCCGGCGCCGACAAGAUGCAGGACGACGACGUGGAGAUGUCCAGAGACACGAGAAUAAGCAACAAGCAGGUCGCCCACGGCCACCAUGACGGCGGCGCCGGGAAAUCGGGGAAGGCCAACAAGAUGGACGGCCAGGUGUAGCUUGAUAUACGAAAGGAUCGAUGCCCAGAUCGAUCGACAAGCGUUCUUCUAUCUUUGUUUUUGCUGACUAAAACAUGUUGGUGACCUUGUAUAAUUGGAGGGCUUGGCCUUUUCCCGCAGCUUCUCCGGCCAUAUUUGUAACCUAGUAAUGCGCUGUAAUGCAUACGUGUACCAAAGCUACCUAGCUUUUCUAUUUGCAAACGGAGUACUCCCUCCAUUGUAUAAAACAUGUCAAAGAUUUAUCAAAAUUCGGAUGUAUCAAUAUAUUAUUUAGUGUCUAGAUA